AUGGCGGGAUUGCCGAAGAGAAUCAUAAAAGAGACGGAACGUCUCAUGGCAGAGCCAGUACCGGGUAUCAACGCAGUGCCUCAUGAGGAUAAUCUUCGGUAUUUCGAUGUCACGAUUCACGGACCUGCCCAAUCCCCUUACGAAGGUGGCAUUUUCAGACUCGAACUCUUCCUCCCGGACGACUAUCCCAUGACGCCUCCAAAGAUUCGCUUCCUUACAAAGAUUUACCAUCCCAAUAUCGAUCGUUUGGGACGUAUUUGCUUGGAUGUUUUGAAGAACAACUGGUCUCCAGCUCUACAAAUCCGCACAAUUCUUCUCUCUAUCCAAGCUUUACUCGGGGCUCCCAACCCGGACGAUCCGCUCGCAAACGACGUUGCGCAAAGAUGGAAAGAGGAUGAACCGGCCGCUAUCCAGACGGCCAAGGAGUGGACGCGAACCCAUGCGAUGGCUUAG